GCGCAGCGCGGCGCAGCGCGGGGCGGACUCGGCUGCUUUUGGAGGCGUUGGUUUCUGUUUCUGUCUAUCUUACGCACUAUCUCCGCCCUCGAGGGAGAGACUUCACCGUUUUUUUACCGAGCACCUUUUCUCGCGCGCUGCCGUUUAAUCAAAAUUAGGUGUGACGGACUGCGAGAAGAGCGAAGAAAAGAAGAGGAUCAGCAUCAAUUUGGCACCGGACAGCACCCCCCCCCACCACCACCACUACUCAACACCACCACCCCCUCCUCCUCCGCCACCUCCUCUUGCUCGUUAUGAAUUUCUGGAUUAUGUGGACGUCGUUAUGGCACGCAGGGUGAACUACAGACGCUCUCCAAGAUUGAAUCACCCGAGCUAGGAGCGAGAAAAUAAUGUGCACGAAUCAGAUAUUGGUCAGAUGCUGCUGCACGUCUCCGGGAUUUCGCCUGUAAAUACCUUUGGGAUGUUUAUUUCUAUGCUUUUGUGUGUGCGCGCAGUGUGCAGUGGGUCUGUGUGCUGCUCAGAGUUGGCAUAGCCCUCAGACAUCACCUUCAUAAUUAUCCCCAUUUUAUUAUCAGUAAUCGGCAUGAUUCAUGUGCAGUACUUGUAACCAUCCAGAAUCCGUGCUGUGUCGUUCAUGUCUGCAGAAUGUUUUAAAUGUAAAUACAAGUGACAAUUGAUGAACUAAUUGGCUCUGUGCAUCGUUUCACCAAAACGCGCUAACAGGAGUUCAUAUUAUUCUCACAUAAUAAAGCGACGCAGGGGCUGUUUGGAGUCACAUGUGCCCAGGACAAACAAUUAAGAUGACAAAAACCAUCCUCAGAAGAGAUUCUCUUUAUUACCGAGGAAGCUGCAUUGGGAUCGCAUCUCAGUUUCUGGAUUGCAAUAGAGUUGGAGGACAGGGAGCAGAGGAAGAAGAGAGGGAGGAGAAGAAGAAGCAGAGGAGAGCUGCUGAACUGCACAACAGAGCCACUGCUGAGAGGGAAGCUCUGGCUUCAGUGAUGGACUGAGCAGCUGAAGGCAACCACGGGACCCCCCCCUCUCCCCCUUGUUUGACAGCCAGCUUCCACAAGAGCUUUCACAACCUGACAAAGAAGGCAUGUAUGGACACAGUUGCAGCGUAAGUGAGAAGAGGAGGAGGUGCUCACGUUGAACACAACAAUUUGGCCCUGGUGAUUAAAAUACAACUAUCUCUCAAAGGGGAACAACACUGGCCUUUUUAUUUGGAAACCGUCUCUCAGGUCUGCACAAACUGAUUCUACCUUUGUCCCAAAAAAAAAAGAAAAAAAAAAAGCAAGUAAACCUGGAACCUCAGCACCUUCCCAAGUGCCCUGGAAACCCGCCGGAUUCAGUCUGCAUCCUCAGAUGUAACUAAGAUAUCAAGAUUUCAUCACCAGGAAGUCCUAUUUUUUUGGCUGCAUGGACACAUCUUCAAAGACGUGGCUGCCGCAUCAGAGUCAGUUUGGGUUGGUUGGUCAAGCGGAGGUUUGCUGUGGCGGACCUGGAGUUUUAACCCCAAACCAAUCUCGCAGGGCAAGUUUUGCCUCUGUAAGACAGUCAAGCAUGGAAACCCCUCCCAAUGCCACCCCACAGCCCUUCAGACAGCCGGUGAGUAAAAUAAAGAGUUUUCUCAAUCGAAGGCUGAAGGGCUCCAUCAAGAGGGCCAAAAGUCAACCCAAACUGGACCGGACCAGCAGCUUCAGACAGAUGAUUUUGCCCCGGUUCCGUAGUGCUGACCAAGAGAGGACUCGACUGAUGCAGAGUUUCAAAGAAUCCCACUCCCAUGAAUCCCUACUUUCUCCAAGCAGUGCUGCGGAGGCUUUGGACUUAGUUUUGGAUGAGGAGGCCAUAAUCAAACCUGUCCACUCUAGCAUUUUAGGACAAGAGUACUGCUUUGAGGUGACCACCAGUUCAGGGACAAAAUGUUUUGCCUGCAGAUCAGCUUCAGAAAGAGAUAAGUGGAUUGAAAAUCUGCAACGAGCUGUCAAACCGAACAAGAACUCCUCGUUUCACUUUCAGGACAACAGCAGACGGGUAGACAAUGUGCUCAAGUUGUGGAUCAUUGAAGCUCGAGACCUUCCGGCUAAGAAACGUUACUAUUGUGAGCUGUGUCUGGAUGACAUGCUGUACGCACGCACCACCAGCAAACCCCGGACUGACACCGUCUUCUGGGGCGAGCAUUUUGAAUUUAACAAUUUGCCUACCAUUCGUAGCCUUCGUUUGCACCUUUACAAGGAAACUGACAAAAAAAGACGCAAGGAGAAAAGCACAUAUCUGGGUCUUGUCAGCAUCCCCAUCUCCAGCAUCACGGGCCGGCAGUUCGUUGAGCAGUGGUACCCAGUGAUACAGUCCAGUGUCUUGGCCAAAAGCGGUGGUGUUGGAAGUGCCAAAGUGAUCAACGCCUCACUACGUGUCAAGUCUCGCUACCAGACAAUGAACAUCCUCCCGAUGGAGCUGUACAAGGAGUUUGCGGAGUACAUUACCAACAACUACCGAACACUGUGUGCAGUUCUGGAGCCGCUGUUGAGUGUGAAAAGCAAAGAGGAGGUGGCUUUUGCUCUGGUGCACAUCCUUCAAAGCACAGGGAAGACAAAGGAGUUCCUGUCUGACAUGGCCAUGUGUGAGGUGGAUCGAUUCAUGGACCGUGAGCACUUGAUCUUUCGAGAGAACACGCUGGCUACGAAGGCUGUGGAAGAGUACCUCAAACUGAUAGGUCACAGAUACCUCAAGGAAGCUAUAGGUGACUUCAUUCGAGCCUUGUACGAGUCUGAGGAGAACUGUGAGGUGGAUCCCAUGCGUGUCCCACCGUCAGUCCUCGCUGACCAUCAAGCCAACCUUCGCAUGUGUUGUGAGCUGUUACUUUGCAAGAUUAUCAACUCUCUCUGCAUAUUUCCCCGGGAGCUAAAGGAAGUUUUUGCCUCAUGGAGAGCCAGAUGUGCUGAGCGUGGAAGAGAGGAUCUCGCCGACAGCCUCAUCAGCUCCUCUCUGUUUCUUCGCUUCAUGUGCCCAGCCAUCAUGUCCCCCUCCCUGUUCAACCUAAUGCAAGAAUACCCUGCUGAACGCACCUCCCGCACACUCACUCUCAUAGCCAAGGUGAUGCAGAACCUGGCCAGUUUAAGCAAGUUUGGACCCAAGGAGGAAUACAUGUAUUUCAUGAACGAGUUCCUGGAGAUGGAGUGGGGCUCCAUGCAGCAGUUCCUUUAUGAGAUUUCUAACAUGGACACCGGCGGAAACGCUGGGGGGUUUGAGGGCUACAUUGACCUCGGCAGAGAAUUGUCCAUGCUCCACAGCUUACUGUGGGAAGUUAUGGGCCAGCUCAGCAAGGAUGCUAUUCUCAAACUUGGACCCCUACCGAGGCUGCUGAAUGACAUCAGCGUCGCCCUGAGGAACCCGCAGCUCCACAUGCCGACGAAUCACCAGCCAGACCGACCAAAGGACAGACUCUUUUCACGGCCAUCUUUCAAUCGUCUCAUGUCCUCUGACUUCCAAAGCCUUAUGAUGCGUGACUUAAACAGUUCAAUAGACAUCUCUCGCCUGCCGUCCCCCACGACUGGCGUCUCAGCUGUAGAAUCCCUCUCAUCUAACCUGAACAUGAGGCGUCACGCAGAACGAGACAUCCGCUCGUCGAGGGAGGUGUUCUAUGUGACCCGCCCGCCGCUGGCUCGAUCCAGCCCCGCAUACUGCACGAGCAGCUCGGACAUCACUGAGCCCGAUCCAAAGGUCCACAGUGUGAAUAAAAGUGUGUCCAUGAUGGACCUUCAGGACUCCCGUAUGAACAGCAUUUCCAACCUGAACUCCGUGGGAGACAUGCUCAACUCAUCUCAAGCCUCCAUCGCUGGCCUGGGCCACAGCUUCGGGAACCUCUGCGGCCCUCUUCGUAUGGGAGGGCACAUGCCAUCGGGCUCAGCCGGCUCUGGUUUAAGGCUGAGCCAGAUGGGCCACAUAGGAGGGCCCACUGAAUCCAUCUCUCAACAGCAGCAGCAGGCAGCAGCGGCCAUGCACUUCCCCCUGUCUUUCCAGAACCCGCUAUUCCAUCUGGCCGCCCAGAACUCACCGGCUCAGUCACAAUCUCAGGCUCAGCCUCACCCCCCUCCUCUCCUCCUCGCGCCCGAGCCCGAGAACGGUCACCACGACUAUCAGCCAGCCUUUGGCAACAAUGCCUUCUCCCGCAGCGAGGACUUGUCUGGCCUGCGGUCACAGAGCAGUCUGGUGCAGCCCAGCAUUGUCCACUCACACAGCUACAGUGAUGAUUUCACCCGGCAGAAUCAGAGCAAUGACUAUGCCUGGCACCAGCUGUCACUGCAGGUGCAGGAGUCUCUCCAGCAGCAGCACCUGAUGGGAGUCGCCUCACAGACAACCACCGGGACAGGUACACCCGCCUCUUUGGCCACACCACCUACCACGGUUCACCCAGUCCGCCAGUCAUCCAUCGCCCCUCCACAACACCUCAAGUCACAGCGGUCCAUUAACACUCCAGCCACUGCCACACCUCCAAAGGUUCGCCCCCAGAGCAGGAACCUCCUCCUCGACUCCUCUGACACGAGCUUCAGUGGCAGUCAGCCAAAACAGCGUCAAACUCAGCAGCCGCAGCAGCAGCAGCAACAACAGCAGCAGCAGCAGCAGCAACAGCAACAACAACAACAACAACAGCAGACGCAGCAGCAACAACAGGACACUCAGCUGUCGGUGACGGACAGUCCAGCUCCCGGGCUCCCGUACCAGACGAGCUCGGCCAAAGAGAACCAGGGCCCGUCAGCGGCCGCAGAGGCUUCAACGGACACACCCACAAAAAACACCAAGAAGUCUCAACAGUCACAAUUGCAUCCGCCACAGCAGCAUCUGCUCAAACCGGGCAAUAAACAGGGUUCUCAGUCGACCUUGAACACCCCGGCCCUCAACGAGCGGACGGUCGCCUGGGUGUCCAACAUGCCUCAUCUCUCUGCUGACAUCGAGAGCCUGCGACCGGACCGUGAGGGCCAGCUAAAAGAGUACUCCAAGAGCAUGGAUGAGUCACGACUAGAAAGGGUAAAAGAGUACGAAGAAGAGAUACACUCCCUGAAGGAGCGACUGAAGAUGUCUCAUCGCAAGCUUGAGGAAUAUGAGCAGAGACUCAUGUCGCAGGAACAGCAGACAAGCAAGAUCCUACAGCAGUAUCAGAACCGCCUUGAAGACAGCGAGCGCCGUCUGAAGCAACAGCAACUGGAAAAAGACUCUCAAAUCAAAGGCAUCAUCAGCAGACUCAUGGCUGUGGAAGAUGAGCUGAGAGGGGGUGCCAUUCCUGAUAUUAAGCCUCGAAUCCUCACAGACCAGUCUAUCAGCCAGGGCUAUGGUGGCCACCCAGGAUCCUGACUGUCAAUUCCCAAGUGACCAGAGCUCAUGAUGGUCACUCGAGUGUAAGAAGACCAAUUCACAUCCUCCUACAAACACCCAUGAAGAGAAGCUCUGCAGUGGAUCCAGCAGGACCACUGGAGGCUUCAUCUCACAAUGUUCUUAAAAAACUAAAAACUUUGCACAUAUUCAAACUUUGCCUGAACCAGAACUUGACAAUCAGUUUAGAGUGAGGACCAUUGUGUGCAGUGAAUCACCUGCACGUUUUGACUGAAAUAUAAGCCAGUGCCACCACAAUGGCAAUACUGAACCUAAUGAGUUUCUUUGUAAUCGGAAGAAGUGAGAAGAGAUGUGUAAAACACUGGGGAUGGAGAUGGAUUCAUGAUUUUCCCCGCUACAAGCAGCACACUCGCUUCUCACUUGCUUCAAGUUGC